UCGUUGGGGAUAGUCCACGCGACCAAUGGCUGCUAUUUCCCACUUGGCAAUUCAGCAAGUAAUGAUAAUCUAUUUAUUUCUUGCUUACCUGACUAUGGGGCUCAUUCAAAGCACAGUGCAGUGAAACUGUUUGCAAAGGGGGUGACAUCUCUCCUGCCUCGCUCUCUGUGCUGGAAUGCCAUUAGCAGCUCAUCAGGUAGGUGAGGCCUAGCAUGAAGCGCAGGAUGCGCAGCACGUUGGAGUUACGCUGGACUUUCACAUCACCAGAAAAUAAUCCUUUCAAGUCAAAAGAAGAGAUGUAGCACCGGGGGUAGAAGCACCUCCGAUAAUGUGCCAGGGUGGAAAGUAGCUGCAGCUGGUGAAAUCUUUUUUCUUCGAUUACUACUGGCACUUUGGUGAAGCACCCGUGGCAGUGACAUAUCUACUGAAACAUCAUCUUUGGACUUGUCUUGUAGUCACCCGUUUCAUGUUGGUUCUCAUACCGUUCAGACUAACAGGUAUGCUUGCGCAAAACUAAUUUUAAAAAAAGGGAGAAGGAAGUGGUCCAACAAUUCAACAACUCAAAGGGAUUCCCCGCCCCCCCAUCCUUCCUAGGGUUUUCAACAUCAAGGAAAAGAAUGUUAAAAUAUUUUUUUCUCUAUGAAACUUCUCCUGCUUGUCUUAUUUACUGUACUAAACAUGUGAUAUGAAAAUGGUACAUUUCAUGCAUUUUCUACCCCCCCUGCAUCAACAUAUAACACCCAGCGUCUUCGGCUCAAUUUGACCCGGCCAUUGAAAGUGAAGGCUAAAAGAGAGAGGACAGCCCUGGGGUAUCAUCAACAACAUGACAACAGUGAAAUAGAAGAUGGAAGUGACAGUGAAAUUGAAGAUGAUGUCUGAAGACGAAGAUAAGUAUCUGAACCUGAGCAACUGCAGUGAAUCACUGGAUGAAGAGCUGCUGGGGCUGGUUGGGGUGUGUGACCGUCUGGAGCAGCUGAGAGUUUGGGAUUUCCUGGAAAUCAGCACUGUGCAGAGGCUGCUGCACAUAAGACUGACACAAAGAUACUUACUUAACACGAUCAGAGUGAGCAUCCACUCAGUAGAUGAGGACGCUAGAGAGCAAGAAGACCAGCUAGAGGAAAUUUUGUCUUCCUCCCAGCAUCUCCCUCCUGAACUGGAUUAUUUUGCUAAAGUCCACCCCUUUGUUUGAUAUCACGUGAUUGUAGACAAGUUGUCACAAAAAAAUUAAAUGAACUAAGCAUGCAAUUCAUCUGUUUUUCAAAUCCAUAAUCACAAAAAUUAACAACAAUUGGUCAUUGUAGUUUGAAGUUUUGACACUGACUGGCUCUCGCUGUGUCAGUCUAUAUUUUUUCAGGGGGGUGGGGGUUGUGUGUGGAAACACUGGCCUAGUUUCAUUGUAAAGGGUAAUCGGGGUCGGCACCGUGUGUGCUCUGGCAUGGCGAGAGCACUAUUUAUGGGAACAAGGAUUAAGAGUCGGCAGCAAUAUACCAAACUCCUGAUUGCGUGUACUAUACUAUUUAAUCAAGGUUUUAAUCUUGUUUAUUUGAUUUCUUCUAAUUAUUAUUAUUAUUAUUAUUAUUAUUAUUAUUAUUAUUAUUAUUAUUAUUAUUAUUAUUACUAUUAUUAUUAUUAUUACAAUAUUCUAUGGCUCUUGAAGUAUAAGUAUUAGUGUACAUAUGUCUGAUGCCUCAAUAUCUUUUUAUUACAUACACAAUACAUACCUCUGCAUAUUUGAUUUGCACUGUAUUAUGGGUAUAAUAAUAUAUAUAAAAUAUUAUAUUGUAUAUGAUAAUACUGGUUCAUUUUGGUGUUAAUUGUAGAUAAUCAUAGUAUUUGACAGUGACAGACUAGAAAUUACCUCAUCACGUCAGUAAAACAGCAUCUUCCACGUUAUUGGUCGUAAAAAGUCACGCACAGUCACGUGAUUGAGUAAUGGCAUUAGGCAGCAUGGUGAGCCGAUGCCCUGCCCCAUCACCUGACCGCUAUUUGAAUAUUGAUGGUCCCAGCAAGUCGCCACCUUCCUGUAUUGUUGUUGUCGUCUGACAUUGUCUAAUUUGUAACAUAGACACAGUUGGAGAUUUUAAUAACCAGCCCUAACGACCGAAAUGUCAUCGUUGCUGAAGCCGUUUUCGGUGUAUGAGGGGCCGUGCGAGAGCUGCGGUGUCAGGAGAGGAUGCCCGAGCUCAGCUCCCCAUCGGCAGCCUCCAUCGCAGCGUCUGGCCGCCGUGGCGGGGCUGGGCUCUCUGCCGGCCCACCAGCGCUCGUACGCGGCGAGGAGAAACCUGGCGGCUGCUGCAGUCGGAGGAAGGGAAAUUACGCAUCCUGGAAAGGCCAUCCUUGCAGGUGGCAUUGCAGGAGGAAUAGAGAUCUGUAUCACCUUCCCCACUGAGUAUGUCAAGACCCAGCUGCAGCUAGAUGGGAGAGCCAGCCCACCGCGCUACAGAGGGAUCGGCGACUGUGUGAAGUUGACUGUGCAAGAUCACGGGCUCAGAGGGUUGUAUCGAGGUCUCAGCUCCCUGCUCUAUGGAUCAAUACCCAAGUCUGCAGUGAGGUUCGGCACGUUUGAGAUGCUCAGCAACCCAAUGCGAGAUGCCACAGGUCGGCUGGACAAUACGCGGAGCCUCUUGUGUGGUUUAGGAGCAGGUAUAGCGGAGGCCAUCGUGGUCGUCUGCCCCAUGGAGACGCUUAAGGUGAAGUUGAUCCAUGACCAGUGUUGCCUCAGACCUCGCUACAGAGGCUUCUUUCAUGGCGUCAGUGAGAUUAUCAGAGAACAGGGUGUAAGGGGGACUUAUCAAGGUCUGACGGCGACCGUGCUGAAACAAGGAUCCAAUCAGGCCAUCCGAUUCUAUGUGAUGAACCUGCUACGCAAUUGGUACAAAGGUGACGACCCCAGACGAGACAUGCACCCAAUGGUCACGGCGAUAUUUGGAGCGACGGCGGGAGCUGCCAGUGUUUUUGGAAAUACACCGCUGGAUGUGGUGAAGACCAGGAUGCAGGGUUUGGAGGCCCACCGCUACAAAAAUACAGUGGACUGUGCCUUCCAGAUCUUGAAGCAUGAAGGACCACAAGCGUUCUACAAAGGAACAGUUCCCAGGCUUGGCCGUGUGUGCUUGGACGUGGCCAUAGUCUUCGUAAUCUAUGAGGAGGUGGUCAAACUACUCAACAACGUGUGGAAGACCCAAUAGUUCGGGCAGACGGCGAAAGAGAUCAAGAGGGAAGCACAGACCUGUGCCUCAUGCUACGCGCAACUGAACCUCUAUUCUAGUUCACACUAGAUCUCUGCUUUGCCCUCAGCAGAUGACACUUCAUCAAGACCACUUUCCACUCUGUCACAUCAAAUAAAUGCAGGGCGCGUCCUACUGCGAUAAAAGAACGGGAGGGAGAGCGGCUGGCUUCACAAAACGACUCAGUUUAGCUUUCUUACGCGUUCUCUCUCUCUCUCUCUCUCUCUCUCUCUCUCUCUCUCUCUCUCUCUCUCUCUCUCUCUCGGUCUGACUUACGAAUCAAGAGAUCAUUUUAUUUUGAAGAACAGGAAGAGACAAAGUUGAAAGGAAAUAGUGAAGUGAUCAAACGUGUAGUCAGUUUCUUGAGUCUAUGUAGAGAAGAAACAAACCUUAUUAACCAAAGGUUCACAUUCGAGACUAAAACUUGUGUAGGUACGUCUGUUUUAGCUUUCUAUGACUGUUAUGGUACACGUUAUAGAGUGAACACUUUGUACUGAAACCAUAAAUGUGUCUUUUGAUUCACCGAGUACUUACUAUACUGAGCGAAGAACAUGCUACUGGACCCAAACAAGCUUGCUGCAGUACUUUCUAAUGUCUGUGCAGUAUUUCAACACAUGUGUUAUAUUUGCUUACCUGACUGCUUGUGGUGUCAUCAUUCGCAGUCUUUCCUCGCUGUGUCUUGGUGAUGAACUUUUAGAUACGGCUCAUUGUGCAUUUCAUGGCCCGCUGCUGACAACUGCUGAGUAUGGCUGCAUGGAUUAUGAUGUGUCCUUUGUGGUGUUACACGCCGACAGUGGUUUGCAGGCUUGUCAACAGGCUACUCAAACUGGUCUGGAGUCAGUACCUUUCUUGCAGAUUGUUUCAAAGUGUUACAACCCGAUACAAGUAGGAAACAAAAUGAUAUGUAGCACAAGAGAUGAGUCAUUAAUAGAAGUUAGUGAGCUUAUUGUUACAUGUUCAUGUUCUGUAGGUGUUCUUUACAGCUGCAUGUGAAAGCUUUAUUUGGGAAUAUUUGACCAGCGAUGCUUUGCUCAGACCCUCAGUCAGGCUGCUAUUUGUAAGCAGGUGUGAAAUAUAAAAGUGAAUUCACUUCUGCUCAAGAUGACAUGACAUGUCCGACUAUGUAAGCCAUGACUUCAGUGUGCUUGAGCCUUCUAGUGCUUCACCAACAAACUGUCCUCUAGUCAGAUAUUGUCACUUUAAUGUUUCUUUUACCUCAAGCUAAUUGCUUCACAAGCCUUUUGUACGCUAACUGAUGAAAUAGUUAAUUAGCCAUCUUUGAAUGCACGCAUUCUCGUCUUAUAAAGUGUUUACAUAAGAACGACAACAAGGAGACGGUAGAUGUGUUAGAGUGGUAUUUCAGUAAGGCUUGGUUUUGAUCCACCUAGUUGCACCACACAAGCCUUGCACAGAAGCCUUUUACUCUUCGCCAAACUACUUCAGUAGAAUCUCCAAUUUAAUAUCCCUGAUAGACGCAAAUCUUUAUUACAUUUUGAAGCAACAGCCUAUUGUUUAGUUUUCAUGUCUUUAGUUUUUUAUUAACUCACAUUUGUACUGUAUAGAAUCUGUGUGCUGCUU